AUGGAAAAUAGAGAAUGUGAAAUAAGAAUAUUGAAUGGCACAAGCUGUGCUUUUUAUAGAUAUAUGCAUUCAGUAAAACAUGGUAUAUGGUCAAUUAAUCCUCCAGAAUGUUUAAAAAGUAAAAGUGAAGAAAAAUGUAUAGCUAAAUUUACGAAAACUAUGGGAAAUUUUUAUGGUAUUUUGCAAUAUUGUGUUGUUAUAAAUAGUGAGGAAUAUAUUUUAAAUGCUCGCUUUGAUAUCCCAUUAUUAGGUGAUAAUGUGGCUUCAGCAAUCAUAGGUAUGAAUAUAAAGAAUGAUAAAAAACAAGUUUUUUCUCAACAGAAUUAUUUUUUAGUAAAGCAUAGUUUUGAUAAUACAUAUAAUAGUAAAUUUUAUAUAAAUAUAUUGGAAACAGAAGAAGGAAAAAAAUUCAUUGAGUAUCAUAAAAAAAAAUUAAAGAAAGGAUUAUUAAGAAUUUUAAAUAUAAGAACUUUAGAAGAAAAAGAAAAAAUGAAAAAAGAUAAUUUAAAUAAUUCUUAUAAAAAAGAUGAAAGCAAUAAUGAUGCAUUAUUGAGUGCAAAGUUACAUAAUGUUUAUAAAUAUCAAGAUAUUUUAGAUAUUUUACCUUUAAGUUUCAUAAUUAAUAUUAAAAAUUAUGAUUGGAAAAAAAGAUUAAGAAAAGCACAUAAAUCUUUAUAUAUUUUAAUAAUCAAUUUUACUAGACAAACUUUAAAUUUAUCAGAUAGCAAAGGAAUGAAGUCAACAGUAUUAACAGAGGGAAACUGGGUAGAAUUUCCAAAUGAAAAAAUAUCUUCUUUACGUUGUAGUGAAUUUGGGUGUAAUAGCGAUGGAAUGUUUUCAAGUAUCAAUGGAUUUUGUAAAUAUAACUUUAUGAACGAAUCAUGUGAUUUAAAUAUUUUUUGGGAUAUUAAUAGUGUAAAUUCUAAAAUUAAGUGUAAUAUUAAAAAUACAUCUAAAUACACUAUUAUUAAAAAUGUUGAAAUUUAUAACGAAUGUACUGCAGUAUUUCAUAUAUUAGAAUAUUAUUAUUAUCCACCUAUUAAAAUAUUAGAAUGUAGAGCAUUAACUAAUAAUAUUAUUAAUAAAUAUAAUAUAGAUAAAAACAAUAUAGAGAAAAAAUUAAAUGUUAUUUAUCAAUGCAGUAUAAAUGUAAUAAGACAAUUUUGUCAAUAUUUGCAUAAUAAUGCAUCUCAUGAAAAUAGUUCAAAUGAAGAUUUAAUAAACCCAACUAAUUUCAGAACAACUAUAGACAAGGAUUGUGAAGAUGAUUACAAAAAUCAAAAAUUCUUUUUAAGUUCAUCAAGAGUUAAUAGUCAUUUGUCAGUAUACUCUCAAUCUGUGGAGGAUAUGAUAAAUAACCCAUAUACACUAAAUAAAAAGAAAAUAACUGAUAUAAAUAUCUUAAAAAAUAAUAAAAGUUUUAUUGAUAGCUACUUGAAUCAAGAAAAUAUUAACAAUAAUAUUAAAGAAAAAAAUUUCAUUUUAUUAAAAAAAAAGAAUGGUAAUUCAAAUAAUAUGUAUAUAAAUAAGAAUAAUAUUUUUACAAAUAUUAAUAUUACUUCGGCACGUGAUUUUUUUUGUUACAUUCAUGGUAAUAAUUAUUCAAAUAACAUACCAAUAAAUUCAUACUUAUUUAUUUCGUGGAAUAUUGGUAAUAUAAUAUAUAAAAAUUUAUAUAAUUCAAGUGAACAUAUAAUAAUAAAUGCACAUAGUUUAUUAAGUAGUCAGAAUAUUAAUGAUGAUGUGAUACUUAAAUUGAAAAUAGAUGAAAAUAAUAGGAGAAUAUACCCUUCAAAUUUAAUUCAUGGAUUAUUAAUGAAUACUCAAAGUAAUAUUUAUAUAAAUAAUGAAUAUGUAAUAUUAGAUAUUAUAUUAAACAUUUUUCAUAUAUUAUCAACUACCUUAUCACCCAUUAUUGAAAAAAUAUUAGAUUCAGAAUAUGGUAAUAAAUGGAUAAUAGAUAGUAAAAUACCGAAAAGUAAUAUAUGGGAAAAAUCUAAAGGAAAAAGUGAAUUAGAUAUUGAGGGUAUUAUUCAUUUAAUUACUACUUUUUGGAUAGAUAUUUUUGAAAAAAAAAUUAAAAACAUUGAUGUUCUAGAGAACUUACAGAAAGCUUCAAUUUUUUGGGCAAAUCAAGAAAUACAUCAAUUUGAUCAAGAAUUUGUAAAAAAAUUAAUUGAAAGUUCUUCCCUAUUAUUAAAGAUAUUUGGAGAUUAUAAUACAGCAAAAAGUAUUGAAAAUUUAUAUUACAAUAAAUAUUCUAUUUUUAAUGAUAUUUGUGUAGAUUAA